GGACAGGUGUCACGGUCUCCGAGGCUUGUUUCGUUUCGUUGAGGCGGACGACGCAAAGCGAGCCAAGUGGCAGUGGCCUGCUACCUGCUCUGCUGCCGCAAAGAAACUUGCCGGACUAUCCAAGAGCGUGUGUGUUGUGUUAUUAAUGGACCUUCUCCGUUGCCAGCGUCUGGGCGGCGGUGGCGUUUGGGGCAUGUAUAAGUUUCUCCCAAGUCCUUCUCCUCCAUCUCGUUACAAGUGCUCAAGCGACUUGGCAUUCUUUGACGUCCCGCGAACAUCAGAAAGAUCUGCUCAAUCUCCCAUCGUACCCAGGCUGGUCCAUCCCUUCGAAGUUUCGAGAUCCACUCUACUCCCUCGCACACGUCCACCAAUUCAACUCUCAAUUAUUUACACCUCCAGGGCCUCACACAUUUACACAAUUAUCAUAAUGGGUUACUACUGCUCCAACUACUACGGCUCCAUCCACUGCCACAACACAGUCUCCCGCUUUGGCGAUAGAUGUCAUCUCUGCGCAGCAUCAAAAAGAGGCGCUUCCAUUAAAGAUGGUCUUCUUUCCGAGGCCGAGCGAUGGGGUUCCUCCACCCCCCGGCCCACCCACGGCGAUCGCCGGGUCGAGCGGGCCAGCCGGCCGGCUCGGGAUUCAAGGGUGAAGAACUAGGGCAACUACACGGAUGAUUUGACGCAUAACACUUUUAACGACCAAAGAUGAGAGAAAUUAGAAAGAGACGAGCGAGAAGCGAGCAGUCG